AUGGGUAUCCCCGGGCUCUGGGCCGAGCUGGCUUCCGUGGCCCAGACAACCACACUACCCUCGUACUGCCUCACCGCAUUCGCCGACAACCACAACGAGCUUCGAGGACUCAGGCUCGGCAUAGACGCCUCCCUGUGGUUGUACCAUGCUCAUCAGAGCUCGGGAGGUGCCAACCCAUCCUUGAGACUGCUGUUCUACCGCCUAGCAAAGCUACUUAGCUUGCCCGUCCUACCGCUUUUCAUAUUCGACGGACCGAGCAGGCCGACCUGGAAGAGAGGCAAGCAAGUCAAGGGCAGGCAGCACGCGAUCGAAAAGCCGUUCACUCAGCUCAUCGAGGCGUUCGGCUACCAAUGGCAGCGCGCGCCGGGCGAGGCCGAGGCGGAGCUAGCCUACCUCAAUCUGGCGGGGUUCGUGGACGCUGUGCUGACCGACGACUCGGAUGCACUGCUCUUUGGUACCCAGGUGCUCGUGCGGAACUGGGGCAAGAACCUUUCGGGUACAAAGGUGCUCAGCAGGACAACGUCUACCAGCAGUGACGUCUUUGACGAUGCCCCGCCUUCGACGCAGGAUCCAGCUGCGGCUGCUUCCGCAUUGCGGCUCCAGCUUUCUGGAUCCGACCGCGACCAUCUCAUCACCUUGUACAGAGCCAGCGAUCUUUCGAGCUUGUCCAGCUUGGGCAUCGAUCGCGAUGGUCUCAUUUUGAUCGCAUUGAUGUCCGGUGGUGACUAUGACACAACGGGCUUGCUGCAGUGCGGUGUCAAGAUUGCGCUUGCGCUUGCCCGAGGAGGGUUUGGCAAGACGUUGAUCGAGGCGUUUAAAACCUCCUAUCCCGACCAAGCAUCUGUGCACCAGUCGAGUGCGACCUUCGCACGAUUUCUCACAACAUGGCUGGAGGACGUGCGUCAAGAGCUUCGCACCAACAAGCGCGGACUCCUUCCGUCGCGUAGGCAAAAGCUCGCCUCUAGCAUUGAAGAGAGCUUUCUGUCGACGCAAGAAUCUCGAAAAGUGCUCGCGUACUACGUCUACCCGCUCACCUCUCAAAGCCAGGGCUCAGCUGAAAUGAUUUUGAUCCGCAGCAGGAUCGCCGAGCCGAAUCUGACCCAACUUGCGCGAUUCUGCCAGAUCUACUUCAACUGGUCCAAGGGCGCCAUCCUCGCCAAGUUUCGGACGAUUCUUGGACCUGGUGUGGUGGUGCGACGACUUAGACAGGAGGUGCUCGAGCACAACGAUGGAGCUGUCCAGGGCCCUUGGGCUGCGCUCGUGGAGAGUCCUGCCAGCAAGGCGGUCCGCCGGCAAAUGCUGGGUCUUGACGUGGAAGGGUCGACGUCAGCUUCGACGCGCAAUGCUGGCGGAGAGGCCGACACAACACCAGAAGCUGCGGUUGUCGCUGCCACGCAAAAGAAACAGCGACCACUGCACGAGAGUCCAAACGCCACCCGCAUCACCGACUUUUUCGCUAAGGCUGCCAUCGGUUCCAAUCCCACUCCGGUCAGCACAGCGCGUGAAACCAAUCGCCAGCCACUGCGGCAGUCAUCGGCAAGCUCGAUCGAAAUCCUCGCCAUAAAGAUGCAACGCAGACACGCCGCGCUAGACCCGUUUCUUGACUACCGCGCCCUUAUCUCGAUGGAGGAAUUCGCCAAAGCUGCCGACCUCGGUAUUGACACCAACUUGGACGCCGAGAUGGCAGCCAGACGGGCGGCGCAAGAAGAUGAGACCGAUACGGAUGUUCCUGUGGACGACGAGGAAGAAGGAGGUGGAAGAAGGAAUGCCGCAGUCAGCAGGCCGGCGCCGGACGCACCAUUGUUGAUGUGGAUUCCUGAGCCGCUUCUCCGACUGAGCGCGAGCGGAGCAAGUCCCCUCGCGGCCUUCUUGACCGGACUCGAGAGGAAAGCGGCCGCCACACGGGCGAAAGAGGCCAAGAAAGUGAACGCGAAACCUAGGACGAAUCAGAUGACGCUGACAUCGUUUGUCAAGCCUUCCACAAAGGCGUCGUUGGCGCAGAAGCCGAAGACGACGCUCAAAGGUACACUGACGGCUGCAGGUGCGGCUAGCUUGCCGCCGACAGCGGGGAGUAGCGUGGCGGCUGUACCGCGCACGCCGAGACAGCUGCGCGUGCCAAGCGGUCUGCCGAGAGGGCUGCGGCGGACCGAAUCUGUCCCCGUUGCCCAAAGCGAUGCUGCCAGCUCGGUGGCGAGCGAAACCACAGACACACGGAGACGUCUCGACCGCCAGACUUCACUGUCGCAACCCGUACUUGCUGCCUCCGAUGCCGACCCCGACGACCUUGACUCGAGCAUCGAGUUCCUAGGCGCCUUUGUCACUCGCCGUACUUCUGCAAGCAUACACACGCGCGCCUGUACCCCACCCAGCGUGUCGGAGAGCGACAGCCGACCCCACAAGUCGCCUAAGAAGAGCUCGCACACAAGGUCGUCGGCCACCACGCGAGCAGGCUCAGUAACAAUUGGGUCUCCGAGUCAACGCGCACUUGCCGAACCCUCCUCCUCCUCCUCCGACGACGACGACGCAGCAACGCCAGCAACGCUGCCGUUGGGCACCUCGCUAACGCGAUCGAUCCCUCCGCGCAAACCGCGCAUCUCGAGCAUCACCAUCACGGACUCUUCCGACGCCGACACCGACUGA